AUGUUUAGUCUGAGUUCUACAAAACUGGAGGAGGUCCCUCUGUACCAGAUAAAAUUGAUUAAUCUAAAGCGAAAUUAUUGGACCUUCUUAAUCCACAGUUGGAGCCAGUUCCAUCUGAAUAUGAUUCUUCAUCAAAUUAUUCAUCCACAACAAGCAAAGCAGCUGAAGAAGAUAGUCAAAUUAAAUUAA